GGAAGUGAGCCGAGGGGAGAGGGCAAGGGGAGGGAGAAAGUGGAGGGGGAGGGCGGAGAUACCACCAUCACCAUCACCACCACCAGGAUGCCAGACGUGAAGGAGAGGGCGGCCCGGAAGGAGCCCGGCGCGGCAGACAGCGCCUCCCGUGAAUCCCGCGGGGGAAACACCCGGGAGAGCGCGAGCAGCGCCCAGGGGCACCGAUCGCGUAGGUUCAACCGUCGCCCGAGCACGGCCGCCCUCACCCCAGGGUCCGCGCAGGGGCGCGGGGUACAGACGGCGCCACGAGGUCCCGUGGGCCACGGAGGACUGCGGACCGGCCUGACCUCCCGGUGUCCCCAGCCCUCCGCCCGAGCGAAGCUCCCCCCGGUCACGCGUGGGGCACCGCUUCCACCAUCCCCGGGAAAGGGCCACUUCGGCGGGACCCCGAGCUCGCACAGGCUAGGUAUGAUGGAGAGAGCCCAUGACUCUUCCAAGCUUGAUUGCCAUUUGGAAGAAAGGAAGUUAUCUUCAAGCAGCCUGGAAGGCAAGGGCAAGGACACCAUGCCCAGCGACUUCUGGGACCAUCUAAAAGAGCAGCUGUCAGCUGUGCCCCCCGACUUCAGCUGUGCUCUUGAGCUUCUGAAGGAGAUCAAAGAGAUUCUCUUGUCCCUGCUGCUACCACGGCAGAGCCGCCUGAGGAACGAGAUCGAGGAAGCGCUGGACAUGGACUUCCUCCAUCAGCAAGCUGACCGUGGGGACUUGAAUGUCUCCUACCUCUCCAAGUACAUCCUCAACAUGAUGGUCUUGCUGUGUGCGCCAGUCCGCGACGAAGCUGUCCAGAGACUUGAGAACAUUUCAGAUCCUGUCCGGCUGCUGAGGGGGAUCUUUCAAGUCCUGGGACAGAUGAAAAUGGACAUGGUGAACUACACCAUCCAGAGCCUCCAGCCCCAGCUGCAGGAACACUCCAUCCAGUUUGAGCGGGCUCAGUUCCAGGAGCGCCUCAACAAAGAGCCCGGCCUCCUCAACCACACCACGAAGUGGCUCACGCAGGCGGCCACGCAGCUCAUCGCGCCUUCCACCAGUUGCUCCGACAUACAGGACUCCUCCAGCUCAGAUGACCCAUCUCCCAGUGAUGUCGCUGUCCCAGAGCCUCUCAGCCCAGCCAUGGUGCUGUCUCAGGGAUUCCUGAACCUUCUCACCUGGGACCCUUCAAAUGAAGAGUUUCCUGAGACGCUGGUGGCGGACAGAACCCGGCUGCAGGAGCUGGAGUCACAGCAGAACCAGCUGACCAUCCUUGCCUCCGUCUUGCUGGUGGCCAGCAGCUUCUCUGGCAGCGUUCUGUUCAGCUCCCCCCAGUUUGUGGAUAAGCUGAAACGAAUCACUAAGUCCCUGGUGGAGGAUUUCAACUCCAGGCCGGAGGAAGUGAUGCAGACUGUGAGUGAGCAGGUGACCCAGGAAAUCCACCAGAGUCUCAAGAGUAUGGGCCUGGAAGCUCUGAGCAGCGAGAAUACGGUGUCCCUAGUGGGACAGCUCCAGAACAUUGCCAAAAAGGAGAACUGCGUCCGCAGUGUCAUUGACCAGCGGAUUCACUUGUUCCUCAAGUGCUGCUUUGUCCUGGGUGUGCAGCGAUCUCUCUUGGACCUUCCUGGGGGCCUCACUCUGAUUGAAGCGGAACUGGCCGAACUGGGCCAGAAGUUUGUCACCCUGACACAUCACAACCAGCAGGUGUUUGCCCCAUAUUACACCGAGAUCCUAAAAACCCUCAUCUCCCCGGCCCAGGCCCUGACCACCAAAGUCGGGUCUCUCUGAUGGCAUCGGCUCAGAGCCCUGGCACCUUGGACCCAGGAGAAAGCCCAUCUUCCUGGGAUAACAUCACCAGUGAGCAGCAGAGCAGUCCCCUCUGCCCCACCCCCCACAGCCAGCACACCAGGGCUGUAGGGAUCAAACGUGAACAACUGGCCCAAACCCGCUCCAUAAUAAACUUCUGAACUGCAUGCA